AUGGAUCGCUCAAAUACGCCCUCGAUGCCUCCAAUGUAUUCAGAGACAUAUCCAGAUGAAUAUGAUUCAAUACCUGCAGGUCACAAUCGACAUGGCUCCGAAAUUCGUUUGUUAACUUCCUACGAUGAUCCCGAUACCCGUCCUACUUCCUCCGAUCGCAGAUCUUAUCAAGCUUCUGUUAUGUCCACAGAUUCCUACGAUGAUCAUAGAAGAGCUCCUUCAAUAAAUACAUAUGACGAUCAUAGACGUCCUCCAUCAAUGAAUACCUACGACGACCAUAGAAGACCUCCUUCAAUUAAUACCUACGAUGACCAUAGAAGACCUCCUACGGCAACCACAUACGACGAUCAUCGCAGGGCGCCUUCAAUUAUAGAUAACGUCCCAGAUUUACCUCCCCCCGAAAGCGCAUAUCGUCCAUAUUCCCCUCUACAAUAUUCACCCUCCGGUCGAGCGUCUCCCACGCGAACUUGGUCUCCCAUUAGAGAAGAGAGGAAUUCUUCGGAAUUCAACGUGCCGCCUCCAAUGGGUUAUCAAUAUGAGCCAUCAGACUUGAAUGGAAGUCCAAGACCUGGCACACCUUCAACAGCUUAUGGGGGGAGUCCGAGAAGACCAUUACCUCCGGCGCCUUUAUUUGCGGCUCAUGGUGCUCGGUCACCAUUUGGAGAUGACGCUACGAUUCACAUACCACUCGAACACGAUUAUGAAGAAGAAAUGUUGGAUGAGGAUGUUUUUGGGCCGGAAAAGAGGGACGUGAGAGGAACUAUGAGGUCGAGACAAUCGUAUUCGACUUUUGCUGAUGACAUGGAAAGUGCAAAGGACUACGAACAUUAUGGGCCCGCACCUUCUGGAAAGCAAGAACGCCGAGGUGCCAAUAGGACGACUCAAAUGAAAAAACGAGAAGUCAAACUUAUUAACGGAGAACUGAUUUUGGAGUGUAAAAUCCCUACUAUUCUUUACAGUUUCUUGCCACGAAGAGAUGAAAUCGAAUUCACACAUAUGCGAUAUACAGCCGUUACAUGCGAUCCCGAUGAUUUUGUAGCGAAAGGUUACAAAUUACGUCAAAAUAUGGGAGCCACGGCUAGAGAAACCGAACUCUUCAUCUGUAUUACCAUGUACAACGAGACGGAAAUUGAUUUUACGAGAACGAUGCAUGCUGUUAUGAAAAAUAUCUCACAUUUCUGUUCUCGAUCGAAAUCUAGAACGUGGGGAGAGAAUGGAUGGCAAAAAAUUGUGGUUGCCAUUAUUUCGGAUGGUAGACAGAAAAUUCAUCCGAGAACACUUGAUGCUUUGGCUGCCAUGGGUGUUUAUCAAGAUGGAAUUGCUAAGAAUUUGGUUAAUGGGAGAGAAGUGCAAGCUCAUGUGUAUGAGUAUACGACUCAAGUUUCUUUGGAUUCGGACCUUAAGUUCAAAGGUGCUGAGAAGGGAAUUGUUCCUUGUCAGAUGCUUUUUUGUCUCAAGGAAAAGAAUGCAAAGAAAUUGAAUUCUCAUCGUUGGUUCUUCAAUGCUUUUGGAAGAGCUCUCACGCCGAACAUCUGUAUCAUGUUGGAUGUGGGUACGAAGCCUGGAGGCAAUUCACUUUAUCAUUUGUGGAAAGCUUUUGAUACCGACUCUAAUGUCGCUGGUGCUUGUGGAGAAAUCAAAGCUAUGAAAGGUAAAGGGUGGGUGGGACUUCUUAAUCCUUUGGUGGCGUCUCAAAAUUUCGAAUAUAAGAUGUCGAAUAUUCUUGAUAAACCUAUUGAGAGUGUGUUUGGUUAUAUUACUGUUUUGCCUGGUGCACUGAGUGCAUACAGAUAUCAUGCUUUACAGAAUGAUCAUACGGGUCAUGGUCCUUUGAGUCAAUAUUUCAAGGGAGAAACGCUACAUGGUCAAAAUGCAGAUGUCUUUACGGCAAAUAUGUAUUUGGCUGAGGAUCGUAUUUUGUGUUGGGAAUUGGUGGCUAAGAGAGAUGAAAGAUGGGUCUUGAAAUAUGUGAAGGGAUGUACUGGAGAGACUGAUGUGCCAGAUACUGUUCCCGAAUUCGUAUCACAAAGAAGAAGAUGGCUCAAUGGAGCUUUCUUCGCAGCUGUUUAUUCUCUGGCCCACUUCAAACAAGUGUGGCAUACUGAUCAUACCCUUGGACGAAAGAUCCUUCUUCACAUUGAAUUUAUCUAUCAGUUCAUUCAACUCCUCUUUACUUACUUUUCUCUGGCCAAUUUCUACCUUACCUUCUACUUCAUUGCCGGUUCGCUAUCUGUUGAUAAUAUGGAUCCAUUUGGUCACAGUAUCGGAAAAUAUAUUUUUUAUAUCCUAAAAUAUGUUUGUGUUCUUCUCACCGCCACACAAUUCAUUCUAUCCAUGGGAAAUCGGCCACAGGGAGCACGAAAGUUAUAUUACAUGUCCAUGAUCAUUUACUCGAUCAUCAUGAUAUACACACUCUUCUCCACCAUUUAUAUCGUUUACCGAGAAGUUCACGAUAAUGCCAAAAGUCUCGUACUCGGCAAUAAUCUCUUCACCAAUCUUGUCGUCUCGCUUUGUUCAACCAUAGGCCUCUACUUCCUCAUGUCUUUCCUCUAUCUCGAUCCUUGGCAUAUGUUCACCAGUUCUGGUUCUUACUUUGCUCUUCUUCCAAGUUACAUCUGUACACUUCAAGUCUACGCCUUUUGCAAUACCCACGAUGUCACAUGGGGAACUAAAGGUGACAAUGUCAUGUCUAACGAUCUUGGAGCCGCUUCUGGAAAAGGUCAAACAGUCGAACUCGAAAUGCCCUCUGAGCAACUCGAUAUCGAUUCCGGCUAUGAUGAAGCGCUUCGCAAUCUCCGUGACAGACUCGAGGUCCCCGUGCCUCCCAUCUCGGAAUCGCAACAGCAGGAAGAUUACUACAAGAGUGUUCGUACGUACAUGGUCCUCGUCUGGAUGAUUGCAAAUGGAACGUUGGCAAUGGCUGUUAGUGAAGCUUAUGGACCGGAUCACUUGGGGACGAACUAUUACUUGACGUUUCUUCUGUGGGCGGUGGCGGCUCUGGCGCUCUUUAGAGCGGUGGGAUCGAGUGCGUUUGGAAUUAUUAAUUGUGUGGAGGCGAUUGUGGAGGGUAGGAUUAGGUUGACGAUGACGGUUCCUAGGUGGAUGGGAGGGUGGAGUUCGAAGAUUAGUGAGGGGAUUAGCGAGGGGAUUAGUAGUGUGGGGAUGCGGUUAAGAGGAAUUAGGGGGAGUGGGGGAUUUAUGAGGAGGGGAGAUAGGGAUGAAGGAAAGGAGAGUAAGGGGAAAAUUAAUGUAUAA